AGUGUUGUCUUAGGUCUCUCUCUGUCUAGUGUUGUCUUAGGUCUCUCUCUCUCUAGUGUUGUCUUAGGUCUCUCUGUCUAGUGUUGUCUUAGGUCUCUCUCUCUGUCUAGUGUUGUCUUAGGUCUCUCUGUCUCUGUCUGGUGUUGUCUUAGGUCUCUCUCUGUCUGGUGUUGUCUUAGGUCUCUCUUCCAGGUGGACAGUAGUCGUGACUUCCUGUGUAAUCUAUCCAGGUGGACAGUAGUCAUGACUUCCUGUGUUAUCUAUCCAGGUGGACUGUAGUCAUGACUUCCUGUGUAAUCUAUCCAGGUGGACAGUAGUCAUGACUUCCUGUGUUAUCUAUCCAGGUGGACAGUAAGGGAGUGGUGAAGCAGUACCUUCCCAGACACGGUCAGACGAUGCUGGACAAGCUGAACCAGCAGCGCCUCGACAACCAGUUCUGUGACAUCACGCUGCUGAUCGAGGGGGAGGAGCACAGGGCCCACAAGGCUGUGCUGGCCGCCUGCAGCGACUACUUCAACGAGCUGUUUAUAGAGAAGGGAGCUGUGUCCAGUCACGAAGCGGUGGUCGACCUGUCAGGUUUCAGCAAGGUCAGUUUCCUCCCCCUGCUAGAGUUUGCAUACACCUCCAACCUCUGCUUCAACUUCUGUGUGAUGGCCGACGUUGCCACGUUGGCCCGACACCUUCUGAUGGCCGAGGUCCUUCAGAUCUGUGAGUCCGUCCACAAGAAGGUAGAGGAGCAGAAGCUGAUGGUCUACCAGCAAGGAGACAUCCACACGGUGGUGUCCAGCCAGCCGGCACCCCAACAGGCCCCGAAUGAAGACCCUGGGGCCUACAUUAUGACCAUCGGCAGCGACGGCCAUGCUGUGGUGACUCAUACUGGGCUCGCUGGAGCAGGGGAGGACCUGGACUCCCUGGCUGUCGUGGAAAACACAACAGAGUCCUUCAGAGGGGAUCUGACGUCUGUCGUCAACCAGGCUCUGGGAGGUGAACCAGGGGAGACUAUGACCGUGGUUGGGGAGGCAGGGUCCGAGACGGUGACUCUAGUCACCCACAGCGGCCAGGCCCGGGUCGGCGAGUCGGUCACCCUCUUCUCCCCUACUGGAGAGACAGAGACCAUGACGGUGGUGACCCACAGCGGCCAGGCCCGGGUCGGCGAGUCGGUCACCCUCUUCUCCCCUACUGGAGAGACAGAGACCAUGACGGUGGUGACCCACAGCGGCCAGGCCGGAGCCAAUGAGUCCCUGGCCGUGGUGUCAGCCUGUCUGGCCCUGGAGCAACAGCAGCAUGAUGAGGGAGACUCGCUCUCCAUGGAGCCGGGGGCCUUCCUCAUCAGCGUGGACCCAGGGAAGGUGGCCCCUACUGAGGUGGUCCAUCUGGCUGUAGAGCCACCUGAUGUCCAGGUGGAUCCAGCACCCCAGGAGGGAGAGACGUCGGCACACCAGACCGUCGAUCCAGCACCCCAGGCCGAGCCCCAGCCCCCCGCUGCUCCCCAACCCCCCAAGAGGAAGAGAGGACGUCCUGCCAAGGUGAAGCAUGAGGUGAUCGAGGAGCCAGAGUCUCCUGUCGAGGUGGUGGAGGUGCCAGAGCCGGUCUCGACUCUUGCGGAGGAGGUUCAGAGGACCCAUGACCCCUAUAAGAGACGCCUUCGGCAGCGUUCCAUGGGGGAGGGGGGGUACGUCAGGCUACACAUGGGGCUGGAGGAGGACAGAGAGGACAAGAAGGGAGUCCAGAUCCCACAGCGCCCCAGCACCCCCAAGAAGAGGGGUAGACCCGCCAAGAGGCACGUUGAAGAGAUGGAAGCUGCUGUGGCCGGCAUGGAGAAUGUUGUCCAGACAGAGCCUGAGGGCGUCCAAUCACCAGACGGCAUUCUAUAUGGAGCACCUAUCACAGAGCAGCCCGUGGGGCAGGGGCCCGAGCCGGGUCAAGGCCCCGCCCAGCCAGAUGGAGGGAGUGAGGUGGAGGGAGAACACGCCUGUUCAGAGUGUGGACUGUCGUUUCACAGGCGCUAUGCGCUCAUCAUGCACACGCUCAAACACGAGAAGACCAGAGGAUACAAGUGCACUUUAUGUAACAAGGAGUUUCAGUACGCUGCCUCUCUGAGGGCCCAUCUGGCCAGACACAAGCACCAGAAGAGUCAGAGGCCGACCCUGGUCAGGGUCCCCCAGCCCCACGGCGAGGAGGGCCUCGAGGUGGACGGCAGGACCAAAGGACGCACCAAGAGAGAGUUUGUCUGUGACAUCUGUGGGAAGACUCUUCCUAAGCUGUACUCUCUGAGGAUCCACAUGCUGAACCACACUGGGGUCCGGCCCCACUCCUGCAGGGUCUGUGGGAAGACCUUUGCUCAUAAACACAGCCUGAAGAUGCACAGAGCUCUACAUGACGCUGCUAAACAGUUCCACUGUCUGCUCUGUGACAAGUCCUUCGUUAGUAAGAGAAGUCUGGAGGAACACACCAGUAUUCACACAGGUGAAUCUAAGUAUCUCUGUACCCAGUGUGGCAGGUCGUUCCACCGAGCCUCUGGUCUGAGUAAACACAUUAAGAGACACCAGCCCAGACCUGAAGUACGAGGAUUCCCUUGCAAUCACUGUGAUAAGAGUUUCUUUGAGGCCAAAGACCUGCAGCAGCACAUGAACAAACACCUGGGACUCAAGCCCUUCCAGUGUCAGGUAUGUGGGAAGUGUUACAGUUGGAAGAAGGACUGGUAUUCCCAUGUGAAGUCCCACAGUGUGGCAGAGCCUUACAAGUGUAAUGUCUGUGGAAAGGAGUUCUUUGAGAAGGCUCUGUUCAGGAGACAUGUGAAGAAGGCCACACAUGGCAAGAAGGGCAGAGUCAAGCAGAACCUAGAGAGAGAGUGUGAACACUGUGGCAGGAAGUUCACCCAGCUCAGAGAGUACAGACGACACAUGAACAACCACCAAGGAGUCAAACCCUUUGAGUGUCUGACUUGUGGAGUAGCCUGGGCCGACGCACGCUCUCUGAAGAGACACGUACGCACCCACACCGGCGAGCGCCCUUACGUGUGCCCCGAGUGCCAGGAAGCCCACAUCGAUGCCCGCUCCCUACGGAAGCACAUGACCAAGUACCACGGCGACCUCCUGCCGGGGAAGAUCAUGCUGGAGAAAGAUACGCUACAGUUUCACAACCAGGGUACUCAGGUGGAACACGCCGUCUCCAUCCUGGCGUCCGAUCUCCCCCCCGAGCUCCGGCCCGUCCAGCCGCCGCCGGCCGAGGAGAUCGAGACGGUGUUGAUCACGGAGGAGACGGUGGAGGCGGUUCAGGCCGUUCAGGGUGACGGGGUCGCGACCUUGUCAGACCAGAGCAUCAUGCAGGUGGUGAACUAUGUGCUGUCUCAGCAGAGUGUACUACCCGGGGGGGUGAAGAUGGAGGAGCAAGAGGUUGUACAAACCAUGGAGGUGGUACACAUGGCAGAGGUGGAGUGAUGACAGACCAGGUGGAGUGAUGACAGACCAGGUGGAGUGAUGACAGACCAGGUGGAGUGAUGUGACAGACCAGGGGGAGUGAUGUGACAGACCAGGUGGAGUGAUGUGACAGACAAGGUGGAGUGAUGUGACAGACAGGGUGGAGUGAUGUGACAGACCAGGGGGAGUGAUGUGACAGACAAGGUGGAGUGAUGUGACAGACAAGGUGGAGUGAUGUGACAGACAGGGUGGAGUGAUGUGACAGACCAGGGGUGGAGUGAUGUGACAGACCAGGGGUGGAGUGAUGUGACAGACCAGGGGUGGAGUGAUGUGACAGACCAGGUGGAGUGAUGUGACAGACCAGGGGGAGUGAUGUGACAGACCAGGGGGAGUGAUGUGACAGCCAGGGGGAGUGAUGUGAGGUGACAGACCAGGGGGAGUGAUGUGACAGACCAGGGGUGGAGUGAUGUGACAGACCAGGGGUGGAGUGAUGUGACAGACCAGGUGGAGUGAUGUGACAGACCAGGUGGAGUGAUGUGACAGACCAGGGGGAGUGAUGUGACAGACCAGGGGGAGUGAUGUGACAGACCAGGGGGAGUGAUGUGACAGACCAGGUGGAGUGAUGUGACAGACCAGGUGGAGUGAUGUGACAGACCAGGGGUGGAGUGAUGUGACAGACCAGGGGUGGAGUGAUGUGACAGACCAGGGGUGGAGUGAUGUGACAGACCAGGGGUGGAGUGAUGUGACAGACCAGGGGUGGAGUGAUGUGACAGACAAGGUGGAUUGAUGUGACAGACCAGGGGUGGAGUGAUGUGACAGACCAGGGGUGGAGUGAUGUGACAGACCAGGGGUGGAGUGAUGUGACAGACCAGGGGUGGAGUGAUGUGACAGACCACCUAGUGGGCAGCAAGAAUGACUUGUGGACAGGUGGAGUGACUCUCGUAUCCCUGACCUAUCAGAACCCAGGUGGACAGGUGGAGUGACUCGUAUCCCUGACCUAUCAGAACCCAGGUGGAGUGACUCCCGUAUCCCUGACCUAUCAGAACCCAGGUGGACAGGUGGAGUGACUCGUAUCCCUGACCUAUCAGAACCCAGGUGGAGUGACGUAUCCCUGACCUAUCAGAACCCAGGUGGACAGGUGGAGUGACUCCCGUAUCCCUGACCUAUCAGAACCCAGGUGGACAGGUGGAGUGACUCGUAUCCCUGACCUAUCAGAACCCAGGUGGAGUGACGUAUCCCUGACCUAUCAGAACCCAGGUGGAGUGACGUAUCCCUGACCUAUCAGAACCCAGGUGGACAGGUGGAGUGACGUAUCCCUGACCUAUCAGAACCCAGGUGGACAGGUGGAGUGACGUAUCCAUGACCUAUCAGAACCCAGGUGGAGUGACGUAUCCCUGACCUAUCAGAACCCAGGUGGACAGGUGGAGUGACUCGUAUCCCUGACCUAUCAGAACCCAGGUGGACAGGUGGAGUGACUCGUAUCCCUGACCUAUCAGAACCCAGGUGGACAGGUGGAGUGACUCGUAUCCCUGACCUAUCAGAACCCAGGUGGACAGGUUGACACAGGACUGUCAGUCUCUGUCCUGAGGUGGAGGAACGGGGGAUGUCAGAUUCCUGGGCGGUGUUCAUUAGGGCACAACUGUAGCAAAACAUUCUGCAAUGCAAAACAAUGUGUUCUUAUGAGACGAAUUCAGGUACUGCUCCCUUGUUGUCCCCCAAUUGAACAGGCCCCUCUUGUCUACAGUGGGACAGAAGGUACAAAGUUGACUAUUUUUUACUGAAUAUAUAUAUAUAUAUAGAUUGAACGAACUGAAUUGAUUUAAAGCUCAAUCCAAUCUUAUAUGUGUAAAUAGUGGCAGUCAUUUAAAAUAUUCUGUAUUAAUCUGGACGAAUUUGCUGCAUUCAUGAAUCUCACCACAUACCAUUUGAAUCUCAGAUAUUUUAUUAAAUUAUCAAAUAAUCCA